GCACCUGGUCCGAGCGGGUGCGGCGGCGGCGGCGGGGGCGGAGGCAUGGUCCAGGCCCGGCGGGUACGUCCCGCCGCCUAGUAAGCGCCCGGGCGGCGCGGCCCGGGCCGAGCCAGCACGCUAAACCCGAGAAGGACGGGGACAAGGUGUCUGAGAUGCCGCUGCCGCAGAAGAAGCGCUGGGAGUCCAUGGCCAAGGGGCUGGUGCUGGGAGCGCUCUUCACCAGCUUCCUACUGCUGCUCUACUCCUACGCCGUGCCCCCGCUGCACACUGGCCUGGCCUCUGCCAGGACCCCGGAGGGCACAGCGCCCUGCUCCCCUGCCCCAGGUGAGCCAGAGACGGUGACGCCGGCCAAUGGCUCGGCGGCAGGGUGCCAGCCGCGGCGCGACAUCGUGUUCAUGAAGACGCACAAGACGGCCAGCAGCACCCUGCUCAACAUCCUCUUCCGCUUCGGCCAGAAGCACGGGCUCAAGUUCGCCUUCCCCAACGGCCGCAACGACUUCGACUACCCCGCCUUCUUCGCGCGCAGCCUGGUGCAGGACUACCGGCCCGGCGCCUGCUUCAACAUCAUUUGCAACCACAUGCGCUUCCACUACGAGGAGGUGCGGGGCCUGGUGCCGCCCAACGCCACCUUCAUCACCGUGCUCCGCGACCCCGCCCGUCUCUUCGAGUCCUCCUUCCACUACUUCGGGUCGGUGGUGCCCUUCACCUGGAAGCUCUCGAGCCAAGACAAGCUGGCCGAGUUCCUGCAGGACCCCGAUCGCUACUAUGACCCCAACGGCUACAACGCCCACUACCUCCGCAACCUGCUCUUUUUCGACCUGGGCUACGACAGCGGCCUGGACCCGGGCAGCCCGCAGGUGCAGGAGCACAUCCUGGAGGUGGAGCGCCGCUUCCACCUGGUGCUCCUGCAGGAGUACUUCGACGAGUCGCUGGUGCUGCUCAAGGACCUGCUGUGCUGGGAGCUGGAGGACGUGCUCUACUUCAAGCUCAACGCCCGCCGCGACCCCGCGGGGCCGCGCCUCUCGGGCGAGCUGUACCGGCGCGCCACCGCCUGGAACGUGCUGGACGCCCGCCUCUACCGCCACUUCAACGCCAGCUUCUGGCGCAAGGUGGAGGCGUUCGGGCGCGAGCGCAUGGCCCGCGAGGUGGCCACCCUGCGGCGCGCCAACGAGCGCAUGCGGCGCAUCUGCAUCGACGGGGGCCGCGCCGUGGACGCCGCCGCCAUCCAGGACUCGGCCAUGCAGCCCUGGCAGCCGCUGGGCGCCAAGUCCAUCCUGGGCUACAACCUCAAGAAGAGCAUCGGGCGGCGGCACGCGCAGCUCUGUCGCCGCAUGCUCACGCCCGAGAUCCAGUACUUGAUGGACCUCGGCGUCAACCUGUGGGUCACCAAGCUCUGGAAGUUCAUCCGGGACUUUCUGCAGUGGUGACAUCCCGCCCGCCCAGCGGGCCCCCUGCCUGCUCGCUCGCCCGCCGAGGAGGGGCCAGGCAGGGGCCCGCUGGCCUCCCCCGAGCCCCUCCUGGUGCCACCCUGGCCCCCCCCAGGGUGAGGUGGGGCUGCUGCAGGGACGGGCAGGCCAGGACUGGGCCCACAGCACACAGGGCCUGAGAUCAGUAUUUGACUAAUUAUAGCUUUUUUUUAUUAAAUCCCCUCCCCUCCAAAAAAGAAUGUUCUAUUUCCUGCCUCCCCUUAAAGGGGAGACUUCGGAAGUAAAGGAAUUUGAUGUUGUUUUUUUGUUAAUCAGCCUCAGUGGUGCUGACUGGCGGGCUGGGCUGGGGGUGACUGAUGGGGACUGGGACACCCCAAGAGAGCAUGGUGGGCGCCUGUAUGAGUGUGUCUGUGGGACAGAACCCAAGGGUGUGGCAGGGUUUGGUGUGCAGUUGUCACAUACUGAAGCCCUGUGUAGUUGAAGGACCCUGUGAGCUACCAGGACCUGAAAGAUCGUGUGUGUGUGUGAUCAUCCUAGGGUCUAUACCAGUCGUUUAUUGCAGUUGAACUCUGGUUAUGUGCCUGGUACUAGACUAAGUACUUUGUGGGUGUUAGUUCAUCUUUGUCAACACUCAGCAAUGUGGGGACUGUUAUUAUCUCAUGCUGGAGAUAAGGAAGGGAGCUCCGAGAGGGAAAGUCACCUGGCCCGGGUCACACAGCAACUAAGUGGUAGGACGGGAGCAAGGGCCAGGGAGGGUAGAGUAUGUGGCCAGAUCACAAUAGAGUACAAAUGUGUAUGUGUGUGUGCGUGUGUAUAGAUAGAUAUAAAUGUGUGUGUGUGUGUGAGGGAAGUGGGAGUACUUGGUGGGGCAUUGAGCAGCAGUCCCUGGGCCCAGGCUAAAGGUUCCUUGUGCAAUCUCAUUAAUCCUCACGAUAACCCUUUGAGGUAGGCACAAUUACCAUCCCAUAUUACAGAUGUGCGAAUUGACAUUCUGAGAGCAGAAGGGACUUGCCUGAGGUCACAUUGCAGGACGUAUCAGACCAAGAGCUAAACCAUCUCCCUGGGACCCCAAGCCCCUUCCAUCUCCGGUGCCUGUUCACCCCCUCCCUGCCUGCCCUCUUCCCCCACUGACCCCUCCAGGCUGCCUCACCGUCUGCUUGUGCUCCAACCCUGCCCAGGCCCUGGGUCUCUUCCUUCCACCCUGGGAUUCAGUUUAAUUAUCCAAAAAAUAUUUGGUAUUCGUCAGAUAUCUGUUGUUCCCCCCAGCCCUGAGCUGAUCCCGAGCAUACAGCAGUCAGCGUGUCAGCCCAGGCCCUGUUGGAGCUCGUGGCCAGAGAGGAAGAUAGUGGCCAAGCAAGCAAGGCACGUUGGGUAUGACCAACCAGGGUAGGGAUGCCUCAGCUCUAACCACCCACCUCCCUCAGCCUCCCCAGGGGGACAGGGGCCCUUUCUGGGGCAAGGACUCUUGGGUCUCUAACCAGGAGCCAGCAGCCAGAUGUGAAACCAGAGCCAAGUGAUUCUUUAUUGGAGACCUGUUCGUGCCAGGCUCCAAGCCAAGUGCUCGCACACCUUAACUGAAUAUCUACAACAUCUCAGCUUUAUAAGCUAAAGUUCAGAGAGGUUAAGCGACCUACUCAAGGUCACAUAGCUAAUUAGUACCAGAGCCAGAAUUUAAAGCUAGAUCAGUCAGCUGUUAGCCUCUGCCCAGGCUUGAGUCAAACUUCCUCCUGAGAGAGAGCUUCUGGUCCAAGCAGGGGGAGCGGGAGUUGGGGGGACCAAUUGUCUCAGUUUCCAGGGACUGUCCUGGUUUUGGCACUGAAAGUUCCCACAUCCCAGGAAACUCCUCAGUCCCUGCCAACUAGGAUGGUUGGUCAGCCUGGGGGAGGUUUGGCCCCACCAGCCCCCUGGAGCCACUGUCUGCGCCCUCAUAAUAUUCUUUGAAGCAAGAAAUAGGCACGUUCCUGAAGGCUUUAUUUAGUUCAUAUGGAGAGAACUAGGUGAAAACAAGUAAAUAAAACUGACAGUGGCUGACUAUUCACAGGAAAAGAUGUUACUGGUCUCAAAUUCAUAAGAUAAUCUCCCCUCCUUUUAUUAGUCAAAGAUACAUGUGACAGUGCAAUAUGAUAACAUCCGGGGUUUGUGGAACCCCAUAAUUAUAUUUCCUGGGACCUUUGAGAGCCUAGAAAUGCCAAUAAUGAUAUUGUUAUAUAUUAUUACAUUAUUUAUUAUUAUUAAUAUUGGCACUUCUAGGCCCUUAGGGAUCCAAGGAGAACAAAUCUGGCAGAUAGUUGAUGCCAAGAAUAUAAAUUACUUCAUUAGCAUUUACGAUCUGCCUGGUUCAUUUCAAGAGUGUUAUAGUUAUUAACUCAUUUAUUAACAUAAUUAAUAUUUUACUGAUAAGUAGUUGCCAGGUACUGAGCCACGACUGUGCGCUCAGCUCUGUGCCAUGCAGGACAUGCACAAUUCCCUUUGUUCCCCUGAGAUGGCGACAGACACAGAGAGGCUCAGCCACCAGCCCAGGGUCACUCAGCCAUAGAGGCAGGAUGCAAACUCGGGUGAGUCAGAUGCCAAGGCCGGUGCUCGUGACCUCCAGUCCUUCAGCGCCAUUCCAGUCGGCCACCUCAGCCUCAGGACGGAGGUCUCUUCUAUGGCUGAAAAUGUAUGAGGUUUCCAAGGGACUCUGCUGCUUGCCCUGCAGCAGCCAGAUUGCCCUGGCUGUAUCUGGGCAGCCGAGGGCUGACGAUCCUGGCUGGGGCGCUGGGGGCACCCACGGUGAUCGGGCGUCUGUCAGCCUGAGCUGUGAAAGCCAGGCGGGUCAUGGCUGCCCCUGCGAGAAAUUCAGUGCAAUGACCUGUUCCUCUCUUUUAUGGGUUGUGUUGUAAACCCUAAAAAAUGUGUUGAAGUCCUAACCCUCCGUUCCCAGUGACUGACCCUAUUUGGAAAUAAGGUCUUUGUCCCUGUAAUCAAGUUAAGAUGAGGUCAUUAGGGUGGGCCCUAAUCCAAUAUGGCUGAUAUCCUUAGAAGACACGGAAAUGCCACAUGAAGCCAGGCAGCGAAUGGCGUGAUGCAGCCACAAGCUAAGGAACGCCAGGAACUGACGGCCCCCUCCAGAAGCUACAAAGAGGCAAUGAAGGAUGCUACCCUGAGUCUCGUAGGGAACGUGGCCCCACUGACGUCUUGAUCUCAGACUUCUAGCCUACAGAACUGUGAAAGAAUAAACUUCUGUUGUUUUAAACCA